CGCAGUGAAUAAAUACACAUUUUUAUGAAAUUCUAUGUUCUUUCUACUUAAUUUUCCCGUACUGGUGCUUCUUCCUUCCAAUCAUUUAUUGCUUGCUCCUUUUUCCCUCUGAUUUUCGCCCCGAUUGCUGCUGCUAUUUUUCUCUCUGUUUUUCUUCUUUUCUUCUUAAUUUACGCUCGUGAAUUUUCUCUCACUUCUCUUGCUCUGGUUUUCCGGCGAUGGUGGAGGAAGUGGAAGAGUGAAAGGAAGAAAUAUCUCUGCUUCUACGAAACUCUCCCUCCCUACCCAAUUUCCGUGAUCAACACAAUUGUUUACAUCGUCAGCUAGAAAGUCUGUCCUCCAUGGACGUCCUAUAGCGCUUCCCUCACUCCUGUCUUCUAUUCUCCAGGUACCGUAUGUUUUCUUCUCCGUCCACCUCCUUUCACGCUUUCUAAUUCUUCAAGUUUGAAACAAUUCUUUCUUAGUCUGCCUUUUGCUGCAUGUGAUGGCGAUACCUAGCAAGUAGGAUUUUAGAAUUUUGGCAAAUGAAACCUGAGCUGUCGGUGAUAACUCAGAAACUGUAUGCUUUUCUUGUGGAGGCUGCUACUGUUGAUUAGACUUGCUUGGUAAUUUCGAGUUGGAACUUAAGUUGACUCUUAUCACUCUCAAUUGUGGUUUCAUCAAGUCAUAUAAAACUGUGCAUUUUUGCUCACAGCACAUGUAAUCUGUGGUGUGGAUUAUUGUCGGCUGGGUUAUUUUGGUUGGGAACUUUGUUGACUAAGCAGGCAGUUGCGAAAAGCUUCGGCUGUCAAGUGUUCUCUAGCUUCACUUUUUGUUCAAUCCCUUUAAUCUGCCCAUCUUAUUUUAUAUAUAUAUAUAUAUAUAUAUAUUUUACGCUUUUGUGGUUUCAAACUACAAAGCACGUUAUCUGUUUGAAUUCUGGUCAAGUCAAAAAAAUGCUCUACCCGUCUGCCAUUAUUGACAGCUUGAUAAAGGGGUUAAACGUAAUGGAAGGGAGUGAACGUAGUAUGAUUAAAGAAUGAUCAGAAUGGAGCAGGUUGUGAUUAUUGCUUCUUUUCUGGGCAUAUUUUAUUGAGGAAAAGGAAGGGAAAUUGCAGUGCUCUUUUUUGGAAGAAUAAAGGAUACAAAUGAAUAUGCUUAAACUUCGUAACAACUUGCUACUAUAUCUCUUUUUAUAACUCGGUCCAAUUGCCACUUGCUUUUAUUUAAUUUUCCAUUCCCCCUCCCCCCUUGUCCUUCUCUUUCUGAACCAAUAAAAAAGAUAGAAAAUGGGGUUCCAAUAAGAACCAACAUUCCCUGGCUUUUGUUGUUUCUUCAAUAGAAUGCAUCCAUUGUAGAAUCAGUUGAUUACUCACUACAUUUCCAUUUCAUUUAUUCAGCUCCAUCUUAUAAAAGUGCUAUUGAUCAACAUGUUGUUGUGGUUACAAAUGUUGGUUGAUUAACUUGACACAUCUUGUUGGAGGUUGUACUCUUACUAAUUAUUCCAUUGGGUAUAUCCUGUGUAAUGAUAUAGAAGAUUGAGGAAACUUUGGUCUGUCCAUAGGGAGACUGAAUUAUGACACCCCUUCCUUACUUGAUCACAGCAGUGUUCUGUAACGAUUCGUGACAAAUUUGUUUCACUUUGGUUCUAGUUAUAAUGUCUUUGCAUAAUUGAUACUCAUAUUUUACUCAUUUGUUUUUUUAUUUCUUAUUCCAUUUUUUGAAAGUGACUGAAUGGAGUCAGAGGAUAAGCAUCCUUUGGAUUCUAAGUCAGCCAGCGGGUCUGCAGGUCCAUCGGGGAUUUCUCCACUUAAUGUUGCUGAAAAAGUGGAAAGCAGUGCUUGGGGGAUACAACAUGGAGCUAGUGUGCAUCAUGCAUCUGGUGAUGCUAGCUUGUUUUCUAGUUCUCUUCCUGUUCUUCCACAUGAAAAUUCGAAUUUCCCUGAUUCAGUGCGUUACGGCCAACCUUUUGAGGAUAACAUGCGAAUAUUUAAUAAGGUCCACGAAGAAGUUGGGGGAUAUGAUCCACUUGAAGAUGUUGAAACCAAUGCUAUUGGAAACAUGCUUCCUGAUGAUGAAGAAGAGCUAUUAGCUGGCAUAAUGGAUGAUUUUGACCUGAGUAGAUUGCCCAGCCAACUGGAGGAUCUGGAUGAAAAUGAUUUAUUUGGUAGUGGAGGAGGGUUAGAAAUGGAUUUUGAAGAGAGUCUUAAGACUGGCAUGUCAAAAAUGAGCGUUAGUGAUGGGCUUGCUUCAAAUGGUAUUGGCCAUUAUGUGCUUCCGAAUGGUGUAGGACCUGUGGCUGGGGAGCAUCCCUAUGGAGAGCAUCCAUCAAGAACGUUAUUUGUGAGAAACAUCAAUAGUAACGUUGAGGAUUCUGAAUUAAGAUCACUAUUUGAGCAAUAUGGGGAUAUCAGAACUUUAUACACUGCAUGCAAGCAUAGGGGUUUUGUGAUGAUAUCUUACUAUGAUAUUCGAGAUGCUCGAACUGCAAUGCGUGCUUUACAAAACAAGCCCUUGAGACGAAGAAAACUUGACAUUCAUUUUUCAAUUCCUAAGGACAACCCUUCUGAGAAGGACAUCAACCAAGGAACUCUUGUAGUGUUCAAUUUGGAUCCAUCAGUAUCAAAUGACGAUCUUCGUCUAAUAUUUGGGGUUUAUGGGGAGGUCAAAGAGAUAAGGGAAACACCACAUAAGAGACAUCAUAAAUUUAUUGAAUUUUACGAUGUUAGAGCAGCUGAGGCCGCACUUAAGGCAUUAAAUCGAUGUGAUAUUGCAGGGAAACGCAUCAAACUUGAACCCAGCCGCCCUGGUGGGGCACGUCGAAAUUUGAUGCAACAACUUAGUCAAGAGCUGGACCUAGAUGAAGCACGGACAUUUAGACAUCAAGUAGGUUCGCCACUGGCCAAUUCUCCUCCUGGUAACUGGACGCAAUUUGGCAGUCCAGUUGAACAUAGUUAUUUAAGUUCUUUUAGCAAGUCUCCUGCUUUUAGUCAUGCCAGCCCAGUGAAUAGCAACCAUUCUUCUGGAUUGGCCGCAAUUCUCUCCCCUCAUGCAUCAAACUCUACCAAGAUUGCUCCAAUUGGCAAGGACUCUGGAAGAGUUAAUAGUUCAAAUCAGAUAUUUACAAAUGCAGUAUCAACACAAGGAGUAGCUUUUCAGAAUUCACUGUCUUUUCCCGAGCUAAAAGCAAAUGCAAGUUCUAGACCCAUUGCUACUUUUGGUGAAUCAAGCUCAAGUUCAUCAAGCAUUGGAACACUGUCUGGUCCUCAAUUUCUUUGGGGAAGUCCAACUACUUCUUACACAGAGCAUUCAAGUACUUCUGCGUGGUCUUCUUCUGCUAAGGUCCCUUUUACAUCUGGCGGUGAGAAGCAGGGUUUCCCAUAUCCUAAUCGACACAGUUCCUUUCUUGGUUCCCGCUCCCUUCAUCAUGUGGGAUCUGCUCCAUCUGGCCUCCCUCUUGAGAGGCAUUUUAACUAUUUCCCAGAUUCACCCGAAGCUUCUUUCAUGAGUCCAGUUUCAUAUGGGAGUAUAAAUCAGAGUGAUGGGAAUUUUAUGAACAUGGGUUCUCGAGCAGCUACUGGGCUUAUUGGCCUUUCAGGAAAUACAACUGAAAUUAGUUCACCUAGUUUCAGGUUGAUGUCACUACCCAGGCACAGUUCCUUGUUUCUUGGAAAUGGUUCUUAUUCUGGGGUGGUUGCAAAUAAUGAAGGGUUUACUGAACUUGGUCGGAGUCGGCGACCUGAAAAUAGUGUGACCCAAAUUGAUGCCAAGAAGCAGUAUCAACUUGAUCUUGACAAAAUUAUCGGUGGGGAAGAUGCAAGGACUACUUUAAUGAUUAAAAACAUUCCUAAUAAGUACACCUCAAAGAUGUUGCUAUCUGCAAUUGAUGAGAACCACCGGGGUACUUAUGACUUUCUCUACUUGCCCAUUGACUUCAAGAACAAAUGUAAUGUGGGUUAUGCUUUCAUCAAUAUGGUGUCUGCUUCACAUAUUGUUCCCUUCUAUAAGGAAUUUAAUGGGAAGAAAUGGGAAAAAUUUAAUAGUGAAAAAGUUGCGUCACUGGCUUAUGCACGGAUCCAAGGAAAGGCUGCACUUGUGACACACUUCCAAAAUUCAAGCUUAAUGAACGAGGAUAAGCGAUGCAGGCCAAUUCUCUUUCAUUCAGAGGGCCAAGAGACUGCUGACCAGGGACCUUUCUUCUCCAGCAAUUUGAAUAUUUGCAUCCGUCAGCCAGAUGGGUCAUACUCAGGAGAUAUGUUGGAAAGCCCUAAGGGCGAUUUGGAUGACAAGCUGUAGGCAAAUUAACUAUUUAAUGCAUAUCUUAUUCCUAGUCACAAGAAAUGGGUCUAGGAGUCCUAACCACUGCACAGAAUCUUUAGCUGUACAAAGUUGACUCAGCCAAAAAACGACAGUGUACAAGAUGUGAAGGGGCAGUCGCACUGUGAUAGAGCCUCAAUAUGUUAAUAGUUCAUAAUAAUCAUCAAAGCCAAAGAAGCAGAGGGAAAUUUCUUGAUGCAUGGAGAAACAAUUGUUAUUUAACCAGCAGAAAAUAAGUUGGAUUCUAAGCAAGGACAGUGACAUGUCACAACACAGGCAUCAUAACACGACGAUUUGUAGCGUCUGGGUGCAAUUUGAAGUGUCGAGUCUUAUGCAUGCGGACUUGUAAAAAGGUUAUUCUGUUUGGUAUUUGUUAUUUUUUUUUUCAAUUAUCCAUUGCUCUGGUUCUUAUGGCUUAUCUGCCGAUAUAACUUAAUGUGUAUAUGGAAAACAUCUAACUCACUGUCAGAAGUUUGUACAGAUGGUAUCGUUAGGCCCUGUUGAUGUCUUGUAGCCAAGAAAACGUGGCAUUGAAUGUAUAGAAUUACGAUGACAGUACAGUGUUAUUUGCCAUUGUAAUUAUUUGAUGAAGUGGGAACUUCUUCACUGUGAAA